AAAACUUUGAUAAGAAGCCUAUAAAAACUGUCUGUUUCCAAAGAUUCGUCCUAUUUGGCAGUUGCUGCCUCACCUACUGCUUCUAAUACUUAAGAAAACUCUCUUCUUCCAAACGACCUACCACCAUGGCUCACCGAUUUCCAGCUCUCACCCCAGAGCAGAAGAAGGAGCUCUCAGAAAUUGCCCAGCGCAUUGUUGCCAAUGGGAAGGGGAUCCUGGCCGCAGAUGAGUCUGUGGGCACCAUGGGAAACCGCCUGCAGAGGAUCAAGGUGGAGAACACAGAGGAGAACCGCAGGCAGUUCCGAGAAAUGCUCUUCACCUCUGACAACUCCAUGAACCAGAGCAUCGGGGGUGUGAUCCUUUUCCAUGAGACCCUCUACCAGAAAGACGGCCAGGGAAAGCUAUUCAGGAACAUCCUCAAGGAAAAGGGGAUCGUGGUGGGAAUCAAGUUAGACCAAGGAGCUGCUCCCCUUGCAGGAACAAACAAAGAAAGUACCAUUCAAGGGCUUGAUGGGCUUUCUGAGCGCUGUGCUCAGUAUAAGAAAGACGGCGCAGACUUCGGAAAGUGGCGUGCUGUUCUGAGGAUUGCAGACCAGUGCCCGUCUGCUCUUGCCAUCCAGGAAAAUGCCAAAGCCCUGGCCCGCUAUGCCAGCAUCUGUCAACAGAAUGGACUGGUGCCCAUUGUUGAACCAGAGGUAAUUCCUGAUGGGGACCAUGACUUGGAACACUGCCAGUAUGUUACUGAGAAGGUCCUCGCUGCCGUCUACAAGGCCCUGAAUGACUAUCAUGUUUUCCUGGAGGGCACCCUGCUGAAGCCCAACAUGGUGACUGCUGGCCAUGCCUGCACUAAGAAGUACACCCCAGAGCAGGUGGCCAUGGCCACAGUCACAGCGCUCCAUCGAACUGUUCCUGCAGCUGUCCCAGGCAUCUGCUUUCUGUCUGGUGGUAUGAGUGAAGAGGAUGCUACCCUCAACCUCAACGCUAUCAACCUUUGCCCUCUGCCACGGCCUUGGAAACUGAGUUUCUCCUAUGGCCGGGCCCUGCAGGCCAGUGCGCUGGCGGCCUGGGGUGGAAAGGCUGCAAACAAGAAGGCAACCCAGGAGGCCUUUAUGAAGCGGGCCCUGGCUAACAGCCAGGCAGCCAAAGGACAGUACAUUCACUCAGCCUCAUCCGGUUCUGCCUCCACCCAGUCACUCUUCCAGGCCUCCUAUACCUACUAGAACCUGAGGAUGACCACCUGGCUUGAGUCCUUGUAGGUGCCUAAUCGGAGGGCUAAAAAGGAACAA